AUGGCGGAGGAAGAGAGCGAUCAAGAGGCCGAACGCCUCGGAGAAGAGCUCGUGGCCAUUGUGGAGUCCCCGCCGGGCCCUGCGGGGCUGAGAGUUGCGGGCGACGGCAACGACGGCACCGGCGACAGCAGCUGCGGCGGCGGCGUCGUCGGGAUCAGCAGCCGGGAUUACUGCCGGCGCUUCUGUCAGGUGGUUGAAGAUUAUGCUGGAAGAUGGCAAGUCCCUUUGCCCCAACUUCAAGUUCUUCAGACUGCACUUUCCUGUUUUACAUCUGCUAGUGCAUCAUUCCCAGAUGAAUGUGAGCACGUACAAUAUGUUUUGAGUAGCCUUGCCUUGAGUUUCUUUGAGUUGCUGCUUUUCUUUGGAAGAGAUGAGUUUUAUGAAGAGCCUUUAAAGGAUAUUCUUGGAUCAUUCCAGGAAUGCCAGAAUCACCUCCGCAGAUAUGGAAAUGUGAAUCUGGAACUGGUGACUCGAAUCAUUAGAGAUGGUGGCCCAUGGGAAGAUCCAGUGUUGCAAGCUGUCCUUAAAGCCCAGCCAGCAUCUCAAGAGAUAGUGAACAAAUACUUAAGUUCGGAAAAUCCACUAUUCUUUGAACUACGUGCCAGAUACCUAAUUGCUUGUGAACGCAUUCCAGAAGCAAUGGCUCUUAUUAAGUCUUGUAUAAAUCAUCCAGAAAUCAGCAAAGAUUUAUAUUUCCAUCAAGCACUCUUCACAUGUCUAUUUAUGUCACCUGUAGAAGAACAGCUAUUCCGGGAGCAUUUAUUGAAAACUGAUUGUAAGAGUGGAAUUGAUAUCAUCUGUAACACUGAAAAAGAAGGAAAGACUAUGUUAGCCUUGCAACUCUGCGAAUCUUUUCUUAUUUCACAGCUCCAGAAUGGGGAUAUGUAUUGUAUCUGGGAGUUGAUUUUCAUAUGGAGUAAACUUCAGCUUAAGUCUAAUCCUUCAAAACAAGUUUUUGUAGAUCAAUGCUACCAGCUUUUAAGAACAGCAACUAAUGUGAAAGUCAUUUUUCCUUUCAUGAAAAUCAUUAAAGAUGAGGUUGAAGAAGAAGGCUUACAAAUUUGUGUUGAAAUAUGUGGUUGUGCUCUACAACUAGACCUUCAUGAUGAUCCCAAAACUAAGUGUCUAAUUUAUAAAACAAUAGCACAUUUCUUGCCAAAUGAUUUGGAAAUCCUCAGGAUUUGUGCACUCUCAAUAUUUUUUCUUGAGCGCUCCUUGGAAGCUUAUCGCACUGUUGAAGAGCUUUAUAAAUGUCCAGAUGAAGAAUAUAAUGAAGGCACUAGUAGUGUUCAAAAUCGUGUUCGUUUUGAAUUACUUCCUAUUUUGAAAAAGGGAUUGUUUUUUGAUCCUGAAUUCUGGAACUUUGUAAUGAUUAAGAAAAACUGUGUAGCAUUACUGAGUGAUAAAUCAGCAAUCAAAUUUAUAAAUGAAAAUACACUGGAAAAUUCUAUAGAUAAUCUAAAAAAGACAGUGGAACAGAAAGGUUUAGAUGAAGGUGUUGAUUCUUUUACAGAUCAGAGCACUGGGGAGUUUGAUCCUGAUGAUAUAUCUGGAGUACAACCUAAAGGCCAUGUUAACACAAAGAAAAACCUUACUGCUUUUAACGCUUCUAAAGUAGACCACAGUGUCCCAAGGCAUCGGUGUAUGUUAUGUAAUAAGGAAUUUCUAGGCGGUCACAUUGUAAGGCAUGCCCAGGCUCAUCAGAAAAAGGGCAGUUUUUCCUGUGUAAUAUGUGGUAGGAAAUUUAGAAACAGAGGACUUAUGCAGAAGCAUUUAAAAAAUCAUGUUAAAAAAAUACAAAGACAUCAAAUUGCUGUAGCUCAACAGGGGGAUCAGGCAAGUCCUGCUUUGGAAGAAAUAAACUUUUCCAAUUCUUCAAUUUCAUUUGAAAAUGGGGAUUUUUAUAAUAAAGACUUGGAAAUACCAACUAUUAAUACUUCCAAUGAUGGAAAUGAAGAAGUCAUCCCUCAGCAUGUGGCUGAAUUCACUGAAAUUCCCAUAAGUGUAUCAGAAGAUGUUAGUGAAAAUAUUGAAAAUGGCAGUCCUGACACUUAUAUAAAUAAUGUAUUGGAACCUUUACCUGUAUGUGAGGAUGACUACGAGGAAGAAGAGGAAGAAGAGGGUGAUUAUGAAGAAGAUGAUUAUGACCUGAAUCAAGAAACUCCAGCACUUCAUAAAAUUAAUGGAACUUUAUUUCAUCCAAAAGACAUAUAUGAUAUAGAUCAAAAAGGAAACUUUAAGUGCCCUGCUCUUGGUUGUGUCAGGAUAUUUAAGAGAAUUGGAUUUCUCAAUAAACAUGCAAUGACUGCACAUCCAACUGACUUAAAUGUGCGGCAAACAGUAAUGAAGUGGAGCAAAGGAAAAUGCAAAUUUUGUCAAAGGCAGUUUGAAGAUUCUCAGCAUUUUAUAGAUCACCUUAAUAGACACAGCUAUCCAAAUGUGUAUUUUUGUUUGCAUUUUAAUUGCAAUGAGUCAUUUAAGCUGCCAUUCCAGCUUGCUCAGCACACAAAAAGUCACAGGAUAUUUCAGGCCCAGUGUAGUUUUCCAGAAUGCCAUGAGCUUUUUGAAGAUCUUCCUCUGCUAUAUGAACAUGAAGCUCAGCACUAUUUAAGUAAAACCCCGGAAUCAUCUGCACAACCAAGAGAAGCAACUGCUUGGGAUGUUCUUACAGACCCAAAUAAUAGUUAUCAGGAAAAAGACUCAUCUAGUAAUGAGAAACAAGCUAUUAGCCUGCCAGUUUUUACUAGCAAAUCAAGGAAAGAUUCUACAGAACCAAAGACAUGUAUAGAAAGUAUGGAAAAGAAGACAGACAGUUUAAUUCAGAAUGGAAAUGAACAUUCUGAUAAUACUGUUUCUAAUAUCAGCUUGAUAGACCAAAAGAUGCCUGACCUAGAGCCAAAUUCUGAAAAUAAUUGUAGUUUUGAUUUAGUCAAUGGACACAGUGGAAUAGAACAGACACCUUUAGUUUCAGCAGGUUCUACUUUGAAAAUUGAUACAAAUAGAAGUAGAACAGAAAAUGGUUCCAUUUUACCCAAUGUUAUACCACAAGAACACAGUACCCUGUCCGUAUCUCAGGCACCAUCCAAACCAAAUGUGACGAGUGAACAAACUUCAUAUGGCUUAAUUUUAUCAAAGCCAUAUGUCAGACCAUUGCCUCCCAGUUACCUUGAUGAACGGUACCUUAGUAUGCCAAAACGCAGAAAAUUUCUGACUGACAGAAUAGAUGCCUGUUCUGAUCAAGAUAACAUUUGUAAAAAAUCAGUGAAAAGAUUAAGAUGUGGCAAAUGCCUGACAACCUACUGUAAUGCAGAAGCACUUGAGGCUCACCGUGCACAAAAGAAAUGUCAGGCACUCUUUGGAUUUGAUUCAGAUGAUGAAAGUGCCUGA